AGUCGAUCGUCACCGUGAGUAUGCCGCACCCUCGACGCGCAUCUACGGCACGCACCGCACACGGCAGGUGAUCGGUGGAUUGCACGCAUCUCGAGGACGCUGGACAGGCCUGCGUGUGCGGUGGCUGGGGAGGUGUAGCGGCGAGCACCGAGCAGGUUGCGGCUGGGCGCACGUCGCAGGCAUCGCGGGCAUGGCUACUGCGUCGCAUCGGCAACGGCGCUGCGAGAGCUGUCGCACAGCCUGCGCGAGAGCACGACGUGUCCGCGGCCUCGCAGCGCCCGCAGCGAGCACCUGGCAGCGGCUGCGCCGGAGCCGAGCGAUGGCACCGCGCCGAGCCUCGCCAGCGAUGGGCGCAAGUGCGAUGCCGCAGCGCCAUGCUGGCGUGCUCGUCUUGCCGUACAGCGUAGCCGGCUGCCACUGUCGCACCCACACGCCUGGCUCACGCCGCUGACGCGUGGUGCCCCUCUCGCAGAUGCCGCCGAAGAAGGCAGCCAUCCUCGCCGCCGCAAGCAAGACGAGCAAGAAGAAGAAGUGGUCCAAGGGCAAGGUCAAGGACAAGGCCCAGAACAUGGUUGUCCUCGACCGCCCCACGUACGACAAGAUCCUGAAGGAGGUGCCCACCUUCAAGAUGAUCUCGCAGUCGACGCUCAUCGACCGCAUGAAGAUCAACGGCUCGCUCGCCCGCGUGGCCAUCCAGCACCUCGAGCGCGAGGGCCAGAUCAAGAAGGUCAUCCACCACCACGGCCAGCUGGUCUACACGCGCGUCAGCGGCGAGUAAACGGCGUCAUGCUGUUCCGCUCGUCUCCUGUCUCGUCCAUGGGCCUCUUCGUUCUGUAGCACCACACACACACAUCACACACCACACCACCACGCAUGGGUACCGAGCUAAAAGCCUGGCGCAAU